AUGUGUCAUACUCAGGACAUUUAUUCAAGCUAUUUAGCUUAUGCUUCUAGCAAUAGAAAUGCGUUGAAUAUCUUAAUGUUAAACGGAAAUCUAUCAUAUGAUACUCUCCUAGGUAUCAUUGAAGCAAAUAAUGCGUAUUUGGCUUCUGUACUGGAACAGAAUUUAGAGAUGACUGCAACGAUUCAACAAUUCGAACAAGCAGUGCAGAAGAUCAGAGAUUUUAUUAUAAACAGUCGUAACUAA